AUGAGCGAGCGCAGAUUCUCCCAACUACCAGAGUUUGUCCACGACGGCGUCAUCUACAACGCACAGCCGCCGAUGACCAGCCAAGAUUAUGGCAGAAUGAUCGAUGGAAUUGUCGGGAAAUUGGAGAAUUUUCGCCUUGAUCUCGAGAUGUUAGUUGUGGAUGACGACUGCUCGACUGACCUGGAUGGCAUGGUCUCAGCGAGAUUCAGAUUGAGCCAUGAUUCUCAGAACAAGAAGUUGGAGCAAGACCGCGUGGUGUUUUACGAGCACGUCUUCUUUCGGUUUCAGGGGGGAAAGAUUGCGGAGAUAUGGCCAUUGAUCGCCUGGCCAGAGAAAUAA